AAAGUAUAUAAAAGGAUCCCAGUAACCCUUUCUCAGCAUAGGAAAACACUGAUUCAACACAAUGGGAAAGAUCAUCUUCUAUGAAGACAAGAACUUUCAGGGCCGCUCCUAUGAGUGCACUAGUGACUGUGCUGACCUGCACUCUCAUUUCAGUCGCUGUAACUCUAUUCAGGUUGAAAGUGGAAACUGGAUAGUAUACGAGCGGCCACACUUUAUGGGUUACCAGUACUUUCUGCGCCAAGGUGAAUAUGCUGACUACCAACGGUGGAUGGGUUUCAAUGAUUGUGUCAGAUCCUGUCGAAUGAUACCCCAACAUCAGGGAUCCUACAAAAUGACAAUCUAUGAACGUUCAGACUUCGGCGGUCAGAUGAUGGAGUUCACUGAUGACUGUCCAUCCCUUUAUGAUCGAUUCCAUUACAAUGAUAUCCAUUCUUGCAAUGUUCAAGAUGGAUACUGGAUCUUCUAUGAGCACCCUAAUUACAGAGGCAGACAAUACCUCCUGAGACCUGGCGAAUACAGGAGGUAUAGCGACUGGGGUGCCAUGAGCUCAAGAGUUGGUUCUAUCAGACGUAUUACCUUCUAAAACUGAAAGGCAAGAAAUAGAUCUGGCAUGAAAGAAACCAUGCAAUGAACCUUAUCUUUUCUGACAUUACUAUUGGAAAAUAAUUUUACCACUUUUGUUAUGUUUUUUCAGGAUGUACUUUUACUCUGCCUAUAGCUGAUCUGAUGUCAAGAAACUGCAAAUCAUUUUUGUUUACACAUUAAAAUAAUAAAUAAACUUUACAUGGGGGUA